CCAGAAUCAAAUUUGCUGACUCGUUCACAGGUCGCGUAAUGUUGGCGACUCAGACACAACCGAUGCUGCAUCAUCACGCGUUCAUGCAUGGGCAUGUACAAUCACCAGGUCCGAUUGACAGCCCCUCUCGGCUCCAUGACAUCAGCGUCGAAAUGAGUCUGUCGAUCGCAGCGUCAAAGGGGUUCCCCAUCCCCAUGCAAAUGGAAGCGUGUAAGCGCGGGUGGGUUGCGCCAUUUCUGCUCCACCUGCAUCAAAUGUUGCGACGCGAAUCGCCCCAGAUCGUUCGAUGGACGCCCGACGGCAAGGCGUUCGAGAUCAUAGACAAGGCUACGAUGACCGAGAAGAUUCUACCCAAGUACUUUCGCAACAAGAACUUCGCCAGCUUUCAACGCCAACUCAACUACUUUGGCUUCCGGAAGUGGUCCAAGUCCCGCGCCAUGCACUCUACGUACAGUCGCGACCACUUUACACGCGACAACUUCGACGAGCUUGUCUUUGUCAAGCGUCAGAGCAAGCGAAAGGGCGGGAACGACUCGAGCGACAAGAGCGACAUCGACAUGGACGAGAGCGUCACUGACGUCGGGGCUCUGACCUCGUCGCCGACGAAGUCCCCUGUUGUAUCGUCGCCUCUGUUGAUGUCGUCUCUCCUAAGUCCCGAAGUCGACGCAACCCAUAGCCAUCCUGCCCAAGCGCUUGUGGACAUGCAUCAAGGGUUCAGUGCCGCGGCCAGCGAGAUGCCAACCCCUUCGAUGGCCAACUCCGCGCUAUCCAUCAAUGCGCGAUUCAGCCUUCCUGCACUGUCGGAACUGCGUCAAAUCUCACCCAAUGGCAGAAUGCGCCUGCCAUCGCUGUAUCAGAUCGUGCCGUCUAUGCAAGGGUCGUGUAUGUGGCCGGUGGAUGGAGCUCGUGGAGCUACGGAGGAAUCCAACUCACCAACGUCUACCCAGAACAGCGCACAGUCUACGACGAAGAUCGAGUACAACGUCAAGGAACUGAUGGGGUUGAGUGCAGCACGCUUCAUCCGUGGCCUCUACGACAUGAUCUCGUCGGACGAAGGCGACUGCAUUCGAUGGAGUGACGACGGCGCGUCCUUCGUCGUGACCAACUCGUCCAAACUGGCGUGGAAGUCCCUGCCCAAGUACUUCAAGCACAACAAGUUUCGCAGCUUCCAGCAGCAACUGAACAUGUACGGCUUCCACAAGUGGUCCAAGGCCCGCGCGUCGGCGUGCACGUACAGCCAUCCGUUGUUUCGCCGCGGAUGCUUCACCGACUUGUGCCGCAUCGCGCGCAAGACCAGUCUGGCGUAGGCCAUUGCCUGCCCUGUCUACGUUGUCGUCUAGCUAUUUAUGCCCCCCCACCUUCGUAAGAAGUGUGUAUAACUUAUUCAUCCAUACAUGAACCUGUGGAGUCGAUCGGUGCAGCGCGUGGCAAAUGUGAGGCCAGAGGGUUGGGACCGACCACUCAAAUGUUAUCAUUUAUCCACACAUUUCAUUUAAUUCAGUCAAUAGAAAUCAUAAGAUA